GCACGCACGCACGCACGUCAGCCCGGCCGCGGACGGCAGGCUCGCGCCCGUCUCGCCCCGCGCCGCCCCGCCCCGCGCCGCGCCAGAGGCUCGCGCACUCGGCGGGUUCGGCUGCGGCGGCGGCGGCUGCCGUGGGAGUCCGUGCGCCGCGCGUGCUAGGUGCCCGCCGCGUCUGCGCCGCCCGCCCGCCUCCUCUCGGCCCUCGGUCUCGGCGCCAGACCCCGACAGCUCCGACCCGCCCUGCGUCCCUCCGCGGCCGCGGGCCUCGCACGGUGCUAGGCCAGUCCGCGGGCGGCGGCGGCCGCCGGUCGGCGAGGGUCGCGCUCCCCGCAGCCUCGCGCCUCCGCCUGGCCCUGCGGGGGCCGAGAGGACUCGGCGGCUGCCCUUCCGCUCGACCCUCUGGGAGAGGCCUGUGCGCCGGGGCGGCGGCGGCUCCUCCUCCGGCUCCAUUAUGUCCGCGGGCGGAGACUUCGGGAAUCCGCUGCGGAAAUUCAAGCUGGUGUUCCUGGGGGAGCAGAGCGUUGGAAAGACAUCCUUAAUCACCAGAUUCAUGUAUGACAGUUUUGACAACACCUAUCAGGCAACAAUUGGCAUUGACUUCUUAUCAAAAACAAUGUACUUGGAGGAUCGAACAAUCAGGCUGCAGCUGUGGGAUACUGCGGGUCAGGAACGUUUCCGUAGCCUCAUUCCCAGUUACAUCCGUGACUCUGCUGCAGCCGUAGUAGUUUACGAUAUCACAAAUGUUAACUCAUUCCAGCAAACUACAAAAUGGAUUGAUGAUGUCAGAACAGAAAGAGGAAGUGAUGUCAUCAUCAUGCUAGUAGGAAAUAAGACAGAUCUUGCUGAUAAAAGGCAAGUGUCAAUUGAAGAGGGAGAGAGGAAAGCCAAAGAGUUGAACGUUAUGUUUAUUGAAACCAGUGCAAAAGCAGGAUACAAUGUGAAACAGCUUUUCCGACGCGUUGCUGCAGCUUUGCCUGGGAUGGAAAGCACACAGGACAGAAGCAGAGAAGACAUGAUUGACAUUAAACUGGAAAAGCCUCAGGAGCAACCAGUUAGUGAAGGAGGCUGUUCCUGCUAAUCUUCCCCGGGCAUCUUCAACCCUUCUGCAGAAGCUCACUGCUUUGGCCCCCAUAUUCUUUCAUUGACUGCAGUGUGAAUAUUGGCUUGAACCUUUUCCCUUCAGUAAUAACAUUGCAAUUCAUCAUUGCUGCCUGUUUCAUGGAGAUGAUCUAUUAGCUUCACAAGCACAAAAAAAGUCAGUGUCUUCAUUAUUUAUAUUUUUUAAAAGCCAAACAAUUCAGCAUAUUCGUGGUAACUUUGAGGAUUAGAUACAUUUUCUUAACAUUUUUUUUCCUUUUUAAUGUUAUGAUAAUGUGCUUUAAAAUGAUGAGUCUCAGCAGCGUGAGUGUGGCUUGUGAAGAAGCAGUGUGUUCACAGCAGAAUUUGCCUCCCUUCUUUCUGUCUCCCAACCUUUCUUGCCUCUUCCUUCUCCCACUCCCUGUUCAUACCCUCCCCAAACAAACAAGAGAGGUGGCAAACAGCAGUCCAGCCAAGCCCUUUGGAAUUAUCCUUAGUUUUACAGAUACCGUUAGCUCCGGGCCAUGAGCCACAAUGUACAAAAUUAUUCUUGAGCACUGAUAUAAAGUACUUAGACCUUCUUUGAGGUCAGAACUCAGCUAUUACUAUCACGAUGAGCAGUGCUUAAAUGAGGGAAGAGUUCUGUUGUGUCUUCAGAAUGAGUCCUAAUGAAUUUACUGAGUGUUUACAGGUAAAGGAGCAUAAAACAUUUACGACCAGAGCAGGUGACCCUUUCACGUGAACUUUACUAGACUCUGGAAAAGUAGCCAAGUACUCCAGAACUGCUUUUCAAUAUUUAUUUCAUCAUGGAGAAUUUACAAAAGUUCAAACAGUUCUCCCCAAAUUUUUGAAUUGUCAAAAUAUUGUCUUAAAAAAUCAACACCUUUUAAAGCAAUAACAGCUCUAAAGACCCAACAUUUUAAAAAUGCUAAAAAGAAAAAAAAGGCAUGAAUUUGCAUUAUAGUGACUUAUUUUCAGUCUCUCCUUUCCCUCUCACUGCAUGCUUUCUCUGAUCUGCCUCUAGAGGCUUGCAAGAAAACUACUUCCCUAAUCAUCAAAUGUGACCUCAAAUGUCCAGAACAGAGGGGUAUUUGCUAUUCUGUAAAAGUUCUUUUGUUGGUAAACUCUUAAAGCACCUGGGUUUCUUCUCAUAAAAAUGCUAUGAAGGGGGGCUGGAGAGAUGGCUCAGAGGUUAAGAGCAUUGCCUGCUCUUCCAAAGGUCCUGAGUUCAAUUCCCAGCAACCACAUGGUGGCUCACAACCAUCUGUAGAGGGGUCUGGUGCCAUCUUCUGGCCUGCAGGCAUACACACAGACAGAAUAUUGUAUACUUAAUAAAUAAAUAUUUAAAAAAAAAAUGCUAUGAAGACAAGGCAUUGUAAAAACCAGUUUCCUUUAAGAACCAGCAGAAAAAUAUAAAUUGACAACUUGAGGAAAAUUGCUGUAUCUAGUAGAAAGUUUACCAACAAAAACCUUCACAGAAUAGCAAAUACCCCUCUGCUCUGGACAUUUGAGGUCAAAUUUGAUUAUGGAAGUAGUUUUCUUGCAAACCUCUAGAGGCAGAUCAGAGAAAGCAUGCAGUGAGAGGGAAAGGAGAGACUGAAAAUAAAAAGUCACUAUAAUGCAAAUUUAUGCCUUAUUUUUUAGGAUUUUUAAAAUGUUGGGUCUUUAGAGCUGUUUUUGCUUUUUAUUAGAUCUAUAUAAAUAAGUUAACUAGCAGUUUAGUUUUGUAUUUAAGCUACAAUUUUUUUUUCUUUGGUGAUAUUUAUUUCUUUGACUUUUUUUAAACUUUGAAUUUGUAGGUGUUUUGUUGAGUAUUUAGAGCUUCAUCACCAUGGCCAAUAUGUAUUUCCCUUGAAACGUUGCAAACAAAUAAAUAAUACUAGGAGUGCACACUUUUAAUCUUUACUAGUUAUUGUGAGAUUGCUGUGUAAGUUAAUAAACACAUUUGUAAAUACAUUGUUUGCAGGGAAAACAUUUUGAGUUCUAGCUCAAAAGAAGCCACUGAGUUUAUGUCGUAAGCAUUACUUAACACAGUAUAAAGAUGAAAGACAACAAAAUAACUUCACACUUCCUCACCUCAUUGCAACAAAAUCCUUAACUGGGAAAACCUGACUCCUUCCUUCCUUUUCCUCCUCUUCCUCUCGAUUACUGGCACCUUGUACUACUUGGCGAGCACUUGGGUUAUGGAUCUGAAUAGAGAAAUACUUCGAGAUAAUCAUUAGCCCACAUGCCCUGUAACGUAUACUCAAGUAUAGGACGGAGUUGUAAAGUGCUUUUAUAAUACAUGUUAUUGUUAAAGCAAGGAUUGACUCUUUUGUUUUAUUUUGACAUGGCAUGUCCUGAAAUAAAUAUCAAUUCAAUAUACA